AACAGCCAAUGGUUCAGAGCAUAUUGGGAAUCUCUGCAGAACAUAUGAAAAACUAAGAAAAGAAAAGUAUUUUGGAUCCUGUCUGAUGUUGAGCCUUUUUUCUCCUCUUCCCUAAGAUGAUGCCAGAACCAUGGCCUCAGCUGGAGGCUCCUCUCGUAGUGCCAGUCGCAGAAAGCGGACUAGUUUCUCCAAAGAACACGUGGAGCUCCUGCGUGCCACCUUUGAGACAGACCCUUACCCUGGCAUCAGCCUCAGGGAGAACCUGUCCCAGGCCACAGGCCUGCCUGAGUCACGCAUCCAGGUGUGGUUUCAGAACAGAAGAGCUCGCACCCUGAAGUGCAAAGGAGCCAAGAAAGCUCUGUGGCAGUCUGAUAGCCCGGUCCAUGAUCCUCUACCUCUGCCUCAUGCUGUGGCAAGCAGGGCCCCACAGGUUAGUGCAGGCCAUCUGCCGCCUCAGGGCCCUCCACCAGCUUACCAAACCCAUGUGAAGGAGGAGAUGGACUGCUACUAUGGACAAUGUUCCCCGGCCAACAUGUGUGGGCUCCAGCAGGGCAGACCUUUGGGAAGCAACUCCAGCCCACCCUUGAGGGGCUUUUGGUCCCAACCGGGCAGCCAAACCUCCCCCGUCCCACCUCUGUGGUGCCGUUCUCCCCUGGAGAUGAGAAACUACAGUUCAAACUCUAGCCAGGCACCCUUCAUGUAUCCAGGAUCAGCAGAGCAGCAAAUGUACACCAACACCUCAACCUCCCACUCCUCAACUCCAGACACCCCUGAUUCAGGGUACUGGGAUGCCAAUCUGGAGAACAGCCCGCCACUAGAUGGUCAGUACUCGCAGAUGGAGGAUUCCUGGAGCACAACUGCUCUGGAGAGCUGUGGGGAAUUCGAGCAUCCAGCGCUGGCCCAGCACGCCCCCCUGCCUGAGUUGUCCCUGCAGGAGAUCCUGGGGGAGCUGGAUGAGGACUGGCUGGGAGGAGAGGCACUGGACAGCUAAGAAUCUGGGGAUAAAAUAGCUUUCUGCUAAUGUCUCUAUGAAAAGAAUUUACUGAUUAGAAAUCAUGUGUUUUAUUUUGAUUUUAACAUUUUAUUGCUUCUGUGAUGUGUACAUAUGAAAAGUCCAAAAACUCUGCAGGACCAUUGGAAAUAGGAUUCAACAGUCCUACAUGAUUUUUUAUUCCAUACUGACUACAUUCUCUUUUGGUUCAUUUAUUUAUUUGCUAUUUAUAACAUUAUUUA